UCCACUAUUUCCACUUCACUUCCUAACACUUCUAUACUCUCUCUCUCUCUCUAUUCCAUCCACAAAGCAACACACUUUUCUCUCCAAACACAAAAAAAAAAGAAAAAGAACAUGCAAUACAAGAAUCUAGGGAGAUCAGGGCUGAAGGUGAGCCAGCUCUCUUAUGGAGCUUGGGUAAGUUUUGGGAACCAGCUAGAUGUCAAGGAAGCCAAAUCACUUUUGCAGUGUUGCAGAGACCAUGGUGUCAAUUUCUUUGAUAACGCUGAGGUUUAUGCUAAUGGAAGAGCUGAGGAAAUCAUGGGUCAAGCCAUCCGUGAACUGGGUUGGAAGAGAUCAGAUAUAGUUGUCUCUACUAAGAUCUUUUGGGGAGGUUCUGGUCCUAAUGAUAAAGGCUUGUCUAGGAAACAUAUUCUUGAGGGUACUAAGGCUUCUCUUAAGAGAUUGGAUAUGGAUUAUGUUGAUGUCAUUUAUUGCCAUCGCCCGGACACGUUCACGCCAAUUGAAGAGACAGUGAGGGCAAUGAAUUACGUGAUUGACAAAGGUUGGGCAUUUUACUGGGGGACUAGCGAAUGGUCAGCACAGCAGAUCACUGAGGCUUGGGGCAUUGCAGAGAGGUUGGACUUGGUGGGGCCAAUUGUUGAGCAGCCAGAAUACAAUAUGCUCUCCAGGCACAAGGUUGAGUCUGAGUACGUCCCAUUGUAUACCACCUAUGGCCUUGGUCUCACCACAUGGAGUCCACUUGCAUCUGGGGUGCUCACUGGAAAAUACAACAAAGGAGGCGUACCUUCUGAUAGCCGAUUUGCUUUGGAAAAUUACAAAAAUCUUGCUAGCAGGUCAUUGGUUGAUGAUGUGCUAAAGAAGGUUAAUGGAUUGAAGCCGAUUGCUGAUGAACUAGGCGUGCCUUUAUCUCAACUUGCAAUUGCAUGGUGUGCUGCAAAUCCAAAUGUCUCGUCAGUUAUCACUGGUGCUACAAAGGAAUCUCAGAUUCAAGAAAACAUGAAAGCUGUUGAUGUGAUCCCAUUACUGACUCCUGCUGUGAUGGAAAAGAUUGAGGCUGUUGUUCAAAGCAAGCCGAAACGUCCAGAUUCAUUUAGGUAAACUCUGAAUCUGGAUGUUACCAUUCUGUUGUGCGCGCAUGCAUCAUGGAGCUAAAUCAACAUGUCUGGAAGUUCUAUUCCUUUGGCUUGGUACUAGUUAUUAUAAUGUACUUUUACAUUUAGUUUUUUCUGUUGAUCUGAAAUCCGCAUUGGAUUCUCGUUCAUGGAAUGGUUGCGUUUGUUGGUGGAUUGGAGGGUGCUGAAUUGAUGAGAAUUGGCAAGUAUGAACUUGUAGCCUUAAGAGAUUUCAGUACUGUUUUGUGUGGAUGUUAUAUUUUGCUCUUUCAAUUGUUCCUUUUCCCCCCUCAA